CCCUCCCCUCCCCUCCGCCCACAAACUUUUUAUCCUCCCCCGCUCCCUCCUUGCCACUUCCCACGCUGCCUGCAAUGUCGGCGCUCGGCACGCUCUCCGGGGGCGUCGCCGGCCUCCUCCGCCUCCGCCUCCGCCGCCGCGCCGCACCCGCCCCCUCCGCGCUGCAGUUCCCGGCGGUCAAGUGCGCCGCAGUGCCCGACGCCGGCCAGCUCGUCUGGGGCUGCCAGCUCCGCCCGGCGCUCCUCCCCGCCGCCCUGCUCUCGUCGCAAUCCAACAGGAGGCAGACGUUCCGCCCGCCCGCCGCAUCCGAGUCCGCAGGUGAGGCGAAGCCGGCGGGGUUCCUGGACAAGUACCCGGCGCUCGUCACCGGCUUCUUCUUCUUCAUGUGGUACUUCUUGAACGUGAUAUUCAACAUCCUGAACAAGAAGAUCUACAACUACUUCCCCUACCCAUACUUUGUGUCAGUGAUCCAUCUGUUUGUGGGCGUCGUAUACUGCCUUGUGAGCUGGACUGUCGGUCUCCCCAAGCGCGCGCCUAUCAAUUCUACGCUCCUGAAGCUGCUCUUUCCAGUGGCUCUGUGCCAUGCUCUUGGUCAUGUCACUAGCAACGUGUCCUUCGCUGCUGUGGCAGUCUCAUUUGCUCACACUAUUAAAGCUCUGGAGCCCUUCUUCAAUGCAGCUGCUACUCAGUUUGUCCUUGGACAGCAAGUUCCCUUGUCUCUGUGGUUGUCUCUUGCCCCUGUUGUCCUUGGUGUUUCAAUGGCGUCACUCACCGAGCUUUCAUUCAACUGGACCGGCUUCAUCAAUGCCAUGAUCUCUAACAUCUCAUUCACUUACAGGAGCAUUUAUUCGAAGAAAGCUAUGACUGACAUGGAUAGCACCAAUGUGUAUGCUUACAUCUCAAUAAUUGCUCUCAUUGUCUGCAUUCCACCUGCACUGAUUAUUGAAGGGCCUCAACUAAUGCAAUACGGAUUUAAGGAUGCUAUUGCAAAAGUAGGUUUGCAAAAGUUCGUUUCAGAUCUUUUCUUCGUUGGACUGUUCUACCAUCUUUAUAACCAGGUUGCUACAAACACUUUGGAGCGAGUGGCUCCUCUGACACAUGCUGUGGGCAAUGUGUUGAAACGUGUUUUUGUCAUUAGUUUCUCAAUCGUUGUUUUUGGCAACAGAAUUACCACACAAACUGGAAUUGGCACUUGCAUUGCCAUAGCUGGUGUUGCCAUGUACUCUUACAUUAAGGCUAAGAUUGAAGAAGAGAAAAGGCAAAAGAGCGCAUGAUGAGGUGACUGCUGUGAAUAUGGUCAGGUGGCUAUGUGCUUGAGUUGUACUUCCUCGGAGAACAUCUUUGACAAUAAUGACAUCUUCUCUGCCUUGUUUUAUUUUUAUUUUGAGUUAUUUGGUCAAUUGUUCCAAUUUGGUGUUGAACAGCACGUUGCAGAUGGUAAGAUUGCUUACCAUCAGAUGAUCGUCAAGAGAGCUUCAAUGUGUAAAAAUAAACGCUCAUACUUGAAAAAGGCUUUUCGUUUUGUAUGUGAUAACCGAGUAUUCUGUUUCUCCUUGUAUCCUUCUUGUGGUGCUGUAAUGGAUACGAAUUUGGGUUCUUAAAUAAAUAUGUUACCUGGUA